GUAAAGUCCUCCCUGGAGGGAUGAUGAGCAAUGCAAAUGUAAGCGCCUUGAACCACAUCCGCCCACAGAGCUGGUAGGAUAAACUUGUGCUCCUUUCCAGGAUGCCACGUAAGGAUUCUUUUCGUGGAGGUUUACAUGUUCAUUCGUGCUGCGGUCGAUUACAUAUUCCCCAACACAAGUAUCAGGAUGCCCGGACCACCAAUGUAGACGUACAUGGGGGGUUUUUCAAAGCUAUGUGUUCGUGUUGUCUCUUUCGUUCUCUGUGUUGCGGUAGUCAGUUCAGGCUUGAUAGAAUGCGUGUAUCAGGGUAACCGCUGAGUUUCCUGGGACAUUCAGCGCUUACCCUGAUACGCACAUAUUUACAGGGCGUCCUGGGAGACCGGUCUGUAAGGAGCGAUUCCCAGCGAUUAUGUUGCAGAGGUUAAGUGCGUGUUUUCUUCAUUUGAUGGUCUUCGCAUUGAGAGAUACCGUUUUGUCGGCACGUCCUAUGAAGGCAGCGACGCGGUACGGAGAAGGAGACACUGUCCCCAUCGGAGUCUACCGGCAUACAGGACGACGUUCCAGAUGGACACGGUCAGCCACAGGGUUGGGGGUGAGUUGGGCACAUUCAGCGGGUCUUCGGUGUUUUUCGUGUUGAACAUUGUUUCGGCCGUGUUGGUUGGUGUACCGACUUGUUUGACGUAUUUGCACGUUCAGCCAUGUUUUGCACGUUUGGUCAUGCGGUUAGCAGUAAAGACCUACAUGUGUUCUGGAUGUUUGUGCCGUCGGUGUGGCCACGCUGUAGUUGGAUGGAGGAUGGUUCAAAAGGUCAGUGGUGUACGCACUGCGGACCAAUAUGGCGGACACAGUAUAUCGAAGAAGAGCAAACCACAUAAACAUAAAUUGUUGGCGCUUUGUGCGGAUUUCUUGGAUCCGUGCCUGGGCCCCCCGGCGGCGCCUCCAGCGCCGACCCUGGCGCGCUCCGCGCGCCAGGGAGGGGGGUCCAGCGCGAAUCCGAGGAUGUGGUUGUUUCUCUUCUUCCUGUGCAGCGCAAGAGAGUCGGGCUGGUCUGUGUGCCUGCUACAGGCGGCCUGGAUCAGUAGGUCGACCCUGCCAGAUCAAGGGACCCUCGUGUCCUGUGUCUCGCGACCCGUGGCUCCUGCAUUUCUGUGGCAACGCGGCCCCCGGAAAUGUCUUGUGUCCUCUCGCAUGUCCUGUCGAAUCAAGUCCGACUGUACUUAACUGGGCAUCGCCGUGCAUUUUUUUCUCGGCAAGGACCGUCGAGGAGCAUUUUUUCCACCUUGCGACAAAAUACACGCACGAAACCGAGCAGUGCACAAAGGAAUGGGCGUCCGAGCGAUGGCGAGGUGCAGCGCAAGGGAGUCGGGCUGGUCUGUGUGCCUGCUGCUGAGCUGGGCAUCGCUGACGCGACGGGGGCUGGAUGCGAUGCGGGCCUGCGCGUGCCGGCCGCUGCAGGCGAAGCGCCGCCUCCUCGAGGGGAGAGCAGCGGGUCCACGGCAGCGGCUGCGCGGGAGGAUGCAGAAGCUAUUGACAGCAACGAGGAGGAGUGCCCCGAUUACCUCGACAGCGACGGGGACGAGAUUGAUGCAGAGUUUGCCCGGAGGAGAUUAUUCAGUCAGGCUGAUGUUAUACAUCGAAUCGGUGCGUCAGGGUCCGCGAGCACAUGCGGCACCGAACUCAGGCCGCCGGCAAGGGGGAGCACUCCCAGACCGAGCGCGGGAACCAGCUCCUCAAGACGCUUUGCGAGAGGCGGGGGGGAUGGGCAUCCGUGUCGGGGCUUGACUCGUUCAACCGCGACGGCAUCUCCAAGGCCGACGCCUCCAUAUUCGUCGACUGGUUCGACCGCGACGGCAUCUCCAAGGCCGACGCCUCCAUAUUCGUCGACUCGUUCGACAGACACGGCAUAUCCAAGGCACACGCCUCCAUAUUCGCCGACAAGCCUGAUCGUUGCAACAACACUUUCGGCAGCGAGAUCGGCACUACUGGCGGCAGCGACUCUGACACUACUGGCAUCGGCGCUACUGGCAGCGACAUCUUCACUACUGGCAGCGAGAUCGGCACUACUGGCAGCGGCAUCGACACUACUGGCACGAGUACUGGCAGCGACUUCGGCACAAUUGGCGACAACAGCAACAUGGACAUGGAUCAGUUCGAGGAGUUGGAGGUGGAGGAGGCGCCAGCUCCAGCAGCAGCAGCAGCAGCUCAGCAGGCGCAGCUCCCUUUCGCGUUGCACCAGUUCGAGGAGUUGGAGGUGGAGGAGGCGCCACCAGCAGCAGAAGCAGCACCGAGACGGAAGCCAUCGAGGUCGGCCGAGGGCGUCGGCCACGCGAAGGAGGUCAAGUUGAAGAAAGCGGUGAAGGAGCUCAAGCAGAAGUUGAAGGCCAUCAUCAGGAACGUUGCCGCAAUGGUGCCAGGCUCGGAGCUGAUCACUGGGAGACCUGGCACGGCGUUGGGGAGGAAGCGCAAGAUCGAGGCGGGCGACUUCCAGCUGGCCACGCGGGCCGUCUUCCUCAAGUUCAAACGCAACAUCAACAUCGGAGUGAAGCACGAGCGCAUCCAGACAGUUGCUUGUGCAGUUGCUCGGCUGCGGCAGGAGAAGGCUCUCAAGCAUUGCUUCGAGAAGAGCGCGGACAUGUGGGACGAGGUGGAGGUGAAGCAGGCGUGGCGCCCGUCGAAGAAGUACCGCGCACUGAGGAAGAACGUUGCACAGCCAACAUUGGUGCAGCGCACCACCGUCAACCUGAGCCUCGUCAACCUCAGCCGCAAGGAGGGGGGGCAGUUUCAAACUAUUGGGUAUCUCCAGCCCACGGAGGUCGGCGGCACGAAGGCGAUGCAUUUACUUCCUGGCAUUCUGAAGGGCAUGCCAGAGCAGUGGGAUUUCCAAAAGGUAGCGAAGCUGAUCGAGACGCUCGGCGCAGCAUCGAGCCUGACGUUCAUGCCAAUGUGCGACAAGGCCAGCAGCAACGUGAGCAUCAUGAAGAUGUGGGCGGGCGCCGAGCAGCAGUUUAAGGAGGCGUUGCCCGAGCUUGGCAAGAAGUUGCUGUAUUUUCCAGAUACGCGCGGUAUACAUUCACACCACCGCGGCAAGCUGGCACUCAAAGGACUGCGCCCACACACCAUGAGACACUAUUCGAUAGCGUCGAUGUCUAGAUACAGAGGCAACCUCUCGCGGUGCAUCCACGGCAUCGAGAAUAUCGUUCAGUCUCAACUUCAUCGAGAGGUUGGCCCAGCCCCUCCAGUCCCCGACACGCUGGAACGAGUGGCGGACUUCCUCUACGACUUCAGCGCUGGACACCACAGACGACCAGGCAAGGGCGGCAAGGGCGACGGCGAGUCGCAGCUUCUGAAGGACCUGAAAGGUUUGACCGCCAUGGCCAACGGCAGCCUUACGGCAGAGAAGUGGACGCACUGGUGUUGGGGCGCCUCCCUGCAGCGCCCGUGCUGCAGAUCGCUGCAGGACUCCGUGGAGAAGACGACGGUUGCAGCAGUCCACGCUCUUUACGGGAGCGCGGAUCCGCGGCCGGCCGAAAUCCGUUGGACUCAUUCACUUCCCAGCUUCAAGCGCACGUUGGUACGCAGAAUCCUACGCAGAGUUGGGCUGGACUGCUUCGUUGAUACUACCAAAGAGGGCGAGCUCGACGGACUGGGCGGGCAGCAGUUCGGCGUGGAUCAGGAGGGUACCGACGCGUUCUUCAAGCACAUCAUUCGGGUGCGGACCAAAAAGGUAAGGGACUACUACGCCGACGACCGCAACAUGUACAAGUUAGUUGUAUUCACGGCCGUUCUCGAGGCCAGCGAUGGCAACUUACUGUAUCCACUUCUCGGCGAUGCGAUCAAGGAUAAGGCCGAGGAGAAGAGCAAAUUGGAUACGCUCCUCGGCGAGGACUCCGUCAUCGGGCGCUGCAGCCAGGACGUGCUGGGCCUUCUAGAUUCUUGGAGCACUGGAGAUCGUACGCGGCGCCCGUGGAUGCUACUUGAUAUUCUUGGCGCGCCCUUGACCGACCAGGUCUUUUCAAGAUGGGCCAGGGGGCAGAUUGUAAAGCUGACCACGGUCAUGCGUCGCAGGUACGAGAGUCGGUUCAGCGCCUGGCCUUAUAGGUUCUACCCUUUAUCACACGGCCGCUCCACGGAAGCAGACAAGAAGAGGGUAGCUCGUGAGGCACUCGACGCACCUGACCACAUGAUCGACUGCUACACCAGGGGGAUCCGCAACCUCUUCCCGUCGGACGCUGCAUUGUUAUCAACGCACUGCCGAACGGUUCUUGCUGCCGACUUCAGGGCGCAUUGCUACGGGACCGGCAUGAUCGAAAGGCUGAACGCGCUAUACACAGUUCGCCACCCAGUGCGCGCUCCAGGCAGGAACGCGGUCAACGCGGAGCGUGAACAUUUCUUGGACCAGGUCAAGGCCAUCCACCAGAAGCAAGGCGGCGACGACCCCCUUGCAGUACGUAAGUUGGGCAAUUCGUCGUCAGUGGAGGCGGUCACUUACAUUCCUUUAUUGGACGGCGCUUCAUUCGGUUCGGUGCCAGUUCUACCUGCCCUCGGCGAUGCGCCUGCUCCGAUGGCGAUCGAGGAUGCGCCUGCGAACGCAGACGAGCAAGCCAUCGCCCCAGCAGCACCCGCAGCGGAGCACAGGAACUUCGAGGAGCCCAUCGUCGCGCGCAUCCCGAACCCGAACCUGCUACCAGGAGACCGCGCGGCCAGUGAAGAGGCCGAUGGCGAUGGCACCAAACGCUGGCUUAGACGAUACAUGUUGGCGAAGAAUCGGCACCUCGAAGAUGCUAGGAAGUCGAAAGGAUCACGGAUGAUCUGGGGCGAAUGCGUAGCUCACGGCGAGGAGUUCAGGGAGCUCUAUGCAGAUGCAGAUCCAGACGUCUACAACGAAGCCUACGCUGAUUGGCGGCAUAGUGGAGGUCAGCAUCAACAUGAGCAAGUACAACAACCUUACGAACUGUGGUGGGGAGGCGGCAGCAGAGCGAGCCCCUUUACGCCAGGCGAGCUCUGCCAGUACAUCGUUCAGCACGGGUGGCCGAAGGACAGCGCCGUGUUCGACGUUGACCUCGUCGAGAGGAGGGCCACCCCAGAUUUCAAGACCAAGUUCACGGACACAGACGAGAUCGACCCUUGGGGUAUGUCACGUUCGGCGAGGAAUGCCGACAGACCUGGGUCGAGGGUUCCAGCAGCCUGGGAUGUCGUGGAAAAGGGGAUCUACAAGUUCUUGCUGUCUAUCAAUGCUGGCAAGGGCGAGGAUGACGCCUCGGGCGUAAUGUUGAUCAUUGCAGGCCGAACUGUCCACGGUGAUGGCCACAUGAGGUUUGCGAGCUUGGUCACCGACGUCACCUUCAACCCGUGCGUUUUCGACGUGACGUUGAACGAGUUCGAGAAGCAUGCCCACGAAGAGUUGGCGCUACCGUCUUGGGUGAAUAUCGCGGAGCGGCAGAGCAGGGUCAGCGUCAGGCAUCGAGCUAUCGAUACCAACACGUCGGACCAAUGGAUAAACUUACUCAUCGACAAGCUGCAGCAUAUGGACAUGUACAUCGCCGGUUACGAGAUCUGCCACGGCACAGGGACGCUGAGGAGAUCAAAAAUCAUAGGUUUGAAGCUCAUCGGCCGCCUCUGGGAUCCAAGCAUGCAGAAACCUUUAGCAUUUUAUCGUCGAGGUGGAGGCGAUCCGAAGAUGCGCGAGGGCGACCCCUUCGGCGAGGAGGCCCAGCCAGAGCCAUUCGUACGCGAGGACCCGCCUGACCUUCAUGAUGAGCGUGCUCUCGACAUGGCUGAUUCGGACUGCCAGUCUGAGAUCGAGGAGGUGGAGGAGCUCGAGGCCGUCCACAUGGAGGGGAAGCUGCCCGACUACAUGGCCGAAUGGCAACAUCCACCAGUGGUCCCAGGCCCUCUCCACGUAGAUGGUCGCCCGCCUGCCGAUGAUUUUCUAGACGAGGAAGAGGGUGCAGCAAUGGCCGAGGCAGCGUUUUCCUUUUUGGAGGAGGACAUAGUUAAAUGGUUGUUCGAGGUGGAGCCGACGCCUGACGGCGCCCAUGUAUCCGUGAACAAACCAUUGGCGAAGCAGCAUAUGGAUCCUGGUAGGGCGAAGUGGAGUGCGAAGGCUCACAAAGCGAAGGCUAAGGCUAAGGCCGCGGCCUGA